AUGUGGCUCCUGGGCACCGCGCGCGCGAACCUCGUCUUCUUUCCCCAACCCGAAGACGUUCCUGGACUCGGCUAUGCUAUCCUGUCGCAUACCUGGGGAAGAGAAGAAGAGACGUUUCAAAAGCCACACCCGUCGUCACCACCAUGGUUCAACCCACGCGAUCGCCUCACUCCAAAGGUUCGAUCAUUCCUUGAGCUCGCCGAACAGCACGGGUACGAGUACGCUUGGGUAGACACGUGCUGUAUCAACAAGGAGAGCAGUUCCGAGCUAUCGGAAGGCAUCAAUUCCAUGUUCCGCUACUACGCCGUCUCUACCAUCUGCUACGUCUACCUCAGCGACGUCAAAUACUCCGACACUUAUUUAGACGAGAUGUGGGUCGCCUUCCGAAACAGCCGCUGGCAUGAGCGGGGUUGGACCCUCCAAGAGCUGAUCGCGUCCCGCAUGCUCGUGUUCUACUCUGAGGAGUGGAUAUGUCUGGGCACCAAGUACGAGCUCGCCGAUCGCCUAAAAGGAGCAACCGGGGUCUCCGCGGCGGUCCUCCGCUUCGAGAGCUCGUUUACCGACGAGACCAUCGCGACGCGCAUAUCCUGGGCGGCGCAUCGGGACACCACGAGGCCGGAAGACGCCGCCUACAGCCUCUUCGGGCUUUUCGGGGUCAAUAUGCCGACGCUCUACGGCGAAGGGCGGCUCGCAUUCUGCCGGCUCCUCAUGGAGAUCUCGAAGACCUCGCGGGAUCCUUCGAUUUUUCUCUUGGGAGAACAAGUGGGUGUGUACGACUUGGACGAAAUCAAAUCUGGCCUCCAGCGAAAUCCCGGAAGCCAAACCCGUCGUCAUCUUCUCCCCCUUCAGCCUUCGCGCGGACUUAAUUCUGUGUUCUACGACCCAAGUGCACGAUCUCAGACAGGACAAAAUGGGGUACGCUGGUAUGGAUAUCAUUCCACGCUGUGCUACAUUGACAACCAUUUUAGCACUAUUCGACUGCAAGCGCAACUGCAGCUCUCAGCGCUCCCACGUUCUCCACGUCGCCAGGUGGGAUCGAGCUCCGCGCGGCCGUUCUGCCUCUGGAUGAUACAAAUAGAUUCCUCCUCGUCGACUUGUUCUGCAAAGGUAUCGAUCCCAGACCCCUUUUCCUCUUCCUUCAAAGGGUGGACGACGAGAGGUCCAACGAUGGCGCUGCUCCGCUCUACCAGCCCGCGGAGAAACCUGUUGUGUGGAUGA